GGCCGCUCGGGCCUUUGUGAGCCGCGCAGCGCCCCGCGGCCGCAUCAUGAGCUCCCCGGGCGGGGCGGCCGCGGCCGCCAGCGCGGCGCCGCCCGCGCAAGAGGAGGGCAUGACGUGGUGGUACCGCUGGCUGUGCCGCCUGGCGGGGGUGCUGGGGGCAGUGUCCUGUGCCAUCUCGGGCCUCUUCAACUGCGUCACCAUCCACCCUCUGAACAUCGCUGCUGGCGUGUGGAUGAUCAUGAACGCCUUCGUCCUGCUGCUGUGUGAGGCACCCUUCUGCUGCCCCUUCCUCGAGUUCGCCAACACCGUGGCCGAGCGGAUGGACCGGUGGCGCUCCUGGCAGAAGGCUGUCUUCUACUGCGGGAUGGCUGUGGUCCCCAUCGUCAUCAGCCUGACACUCACCACUCUGCUGGGCAAUGCCAUCGCCUUCGCCACUGGAGUGCUGUACGGGCUCUCAGCCCUGGGCAGGAAGGGUGAUGCUGUGUCCUACGCUCGGCUGCAGCAGCAGAAGCGACAGGCUGAUGAGACGCUCACGGAGACCCUCGAGGGGGAGCCCUGA